AUGAACUCCACCAACGCCGCGGUAGACCAAAUGGCCAAGUACUACUGGGGUAUGCUGGGCGCCGCAAGGACGACGACGACCGGCGCUGGUGCGGCGACUAGUAGCCUCAUCAGGUCCAGCUGGCCGCCGCCAGCAGCGCAUGGCCGCAGCGGCGGUGAGCCGUCGUGGGAGGAGCUGGCCUUCGCCCGGGACGCGGCGGGGCAACUCGGCGGCUGCGUGUGGCCGCCGCGCUCCUACACGUGCACCUUCUGCCGCCGAGAGUUCCGGUCCGCGCAGGCGCUCGGCGGCCAUAUGAACGUGCACCGCCGCGACCGGGCUCGCCUUCGGCAGUGCGCCUCCCCGUCGUCCCCGCCGGAUCAUGACCAGGAGCCUAUCGCCGCGCCUCUUCCAGCGCCGGAAUUGGCGGAUCACCACCAGCUUCUGCAACUGCAGGGAUCUCCCUUGUUCAGGACAACCAAGGCGGCAGUAUUAAUCUCUGGCCGCCCUGCUUCUGAUCAUCAUCAUCACCAAAAUUAUUACAAUAAUAACAGGGAGGAGGAGGCUGUGAUUACUACCACCACCACCACCACCACUUCUCCUCGGUACACAUCAACGACCAUCAUCAAGGAGAGCAAGAGCAAGGUAGUCAUCUCCAUACCUGCAUCAACAGCGGGGAGCAAAGAAGCCGCUAUAGCAAUCAUGGGUGAGGAGGAGGAAGAAGAGGAGGAGGAGGAGGAGAUCAUGGUGGCGGGGAGAAGAAAGCGAAGGCGAGUAGUCCCACAGCCACCAGAGCCGGCGUUUACAUCGCCGUUCUACGACCUGCGGCUUCCGGCAUCAUCACCCAAAGGAGGAGUUGAGCAUGAUGCAAAGGUACCCAAAGUAACCAGUUCAAGCCCUAGUAGCCUCAGUCCACUGCAUCAUCUUGCAGGCCGGCAAGAAGAAGUGGAUCUGGAGCUCAGGCUUGGCACUAGCUAG